CUGAAGUCGAUCCUUAUCAGUUCUUGACAGUCCAUCAAUCGGCAAAGAUGCUCCUCUUGCAACUCUCCCUACUCCUCGCAGCGGCGACCUCCGCCCUCACCGACCAGCUCAACAUCUGCCAGGACGAGUUCUCCACCAAGGGGGGCUUCAUCGUGCACCACACCAACUGCCGGGACUACGAGGACGAUGCCGCCCUCGCCGGCGCCCAUUUCGACGAGGAUCACGACCUGUGGAUCCGCAACGGCACCAUCGAGGACAUCGGUCAACUGCUCAACGGCAGCUUGUACAACAUCAGCAAGUUGAGAAUCUCCGAUAUGGCUGAACCCGGAAAUAGCCCCAUCGAGGUGUUCCCAAUCGAUUCGGGUAGGUUCUCGACGCUGGAGCUGACCAACGAUGGGAUCGCGGAGUUGCGCAUCCCGGAGGCGGACUACCGGUUGACCCACCUGAACGUGGCCCGGAACAAACUGAAGGUGCUGGGGAACGUCAAAGAGUUGAAGGUGCUCAAGUCGUUGACGUUCGACGGGAACGAGCUGGAGCACGUCUCGAUGGAUGACUUCAUGGAAAUGCCGGAGCUGUUUUCGAUUUCACUCGCUGGGAAUCGGAUUCGGACGAUCACGGCCGAGCAGCAGAUUAUGAUCGUGAAGUUGCGAGCGUUGGACAUCUCGGACAACCAGCUGAGUCAGCUGGAUGUGACGCAGUGGAAGUUUCCCCAACUGGUGAGCUUCUACAUGCACGAUAAUCAGCUGAGCAAGAUCGUGGGGCUGAGGGGCAAGUUUAAGAAUGUUUGGGAUAUCUCCAUGGGAGGCACGAAUCGGUGGGAUUGUGCGUGGUUCGAUAAGGUGCUAGAGUAUCUGAAGCAGGACAGGAAGUUUGCGAUGAAAAUGUUCGGGGAUCCGCUGAACUGUGCGGAGGAGUCCAGGAUGGAGGGAUUCAUCUGCUGUACGAAUCCGGUGGAUGAUGGGGAGAAUACGGUUUAGUUGUUCUGGAAAGUAAUUUUGAAACUUAUGUUGCAAAUUGUUAAUGAUUUCAUCUCAAUAAAAUAAAAUAAAUAGUCUAAGUAUUUGAAA